AUGGAAGAUCAGAUGGAGUCUGGGACGGCGCUGUACACAAAGAAGACGAUUCUCGCUCCGAUGGUUCGAGCCGGAAGAACUCCUUUGAGGUGCUGCCCUUGACAUAUGUGCUUUAGUGGCCCCUAUAGGGGUUGAGGAAGUGGUCCCUAGAGAAGACCCUCAAAGGAAACCAUAAGUUGCCCCUGUAGGGACCACUCUAGUAAGGAAGAGUUGAAAUAGUAGUAUUUUUUUUUUGAUCUCAGUUCAUUGACUAUAUUGUGGAAACCUAGGCCGAAAAAGUGGUCCCUAGAGGGGUAAAAUUGAGGUGAUCCCUCUAGCAAUUAAGGGUCUGACCUCUAAGCCCCUUAAGCUCAAGUGGUCCCUAUAGGGAUUUUUUUAAAUGUUUAUUUUAAUUAUUCAGUUUUUUUCCCAUGGAAAUGCUCCUUCGCAGAGAGGUUAUAAAAAUUGUCGACUAGCAUGUCCCCUAUAGGGGCUACUAUCUGGGGCCCCUUAAGGGAUCAUUUUUAAAGCUUUAGCGGUAAAGAGGUUUGUAAAGUGGUUCCUAGAGAGAGCCUCCAAGGGCCGCUGCAGGGACCGCUCUGGAGAUCCUAAGAAGUUGAAGUAUGUUAUUUCCUUUUCAAGCCCCAUUAUCGCAUCGAAAAUAAAUAAGUUUACCUGAAAAGUGCUACUGUUCACGUAAAACCAAAGUAAACCAUUUUAACCUCGUCUCUGUACAGUUGAACUCUGAAGUUUCAGGAUUCUCUCGCUGGAUUAUGGCGCCGACCUUUGCUACACUGAAGAAAUCGUCGACCACAAACUUCUCUCUUGUGAGCGUAUUCUAAACGGUAGGAUAUGGAAUAAGGUCGCUAGGGAACGGGGUUUAAGAUGCUGUCGGCACUAUCGACUAUAAAAACGGCGACGACAUCGUCCUGCGGAUAGCUCCAGAAGAGCGGGGACGGUGUGUCCUGCAGAUCGGCACGAACAACGGCGAGAGCGCGGCGCGAGUCGCCAAAUUCGUGUAGACAUGUUCGCUCUCCGGCUUCAACCUGAAGACUUGUCUUCAGACAGACGGACGUCGCUGCGAUCGACGUCAACAUGGGCUGUCCCAAGCCUUUCUCAGUGCACGCCGGCAUGGGCGCCGCCCUUCUCAGGCAGACCGACAAGAUCAAAGACGUGAUUUCGAUCUUCUUUUUAUAGCCGAUUCGAAAGGAUCUGACAGAAUAGGAGAAAAAUAGUUGAUUUUUAGAGAUUCAAAAUUCCAGAGGGGUCCCUAUAGAGGUUAGAGACCGAAAAAGUGGUUUCUAUGAGGGAAAAAUCAAGGUGGUCCCUAAAGGGGUUAAGGGUCUGUUCCCUUAGCUCCUUAAGCUUAAGUGGCCCCUAUAGAGGUUUUUCGAUUUUAUUCACAAAAGGUUAUAUGUUUAGUUUUUCGCAUGGAAAUUUCAUGAAAACUAUCGACGAGCAUGUCCCCUCUAGGGACCACUUUUGAAUGCUUUGAUAUAUCUUAGGAACUCCAGAGUGGUCCCUAUAUGGACAGUCUAAGGGGCCCUUGUAUUGCCCCUUUUACCAACCCUUAGAGGGACGACUAAAACUUGCAAAAGUGGUCCCUAUAGAGUUUUCAAUUAGUGGCCCCUUUUGGGGAUAUGCCACUCGAUAAUGGUUGCGAACUUUGAGCGAAGAAGCAUUUCCAUGGAAAAAACUGAAGAAAUAAGCGUUUUUUGGAUAAAUUGAAAGACCACUAUAGUUUCCACUUGAGCUUUAAGGACUAAGGGGUCAGACCCUAAACCCCUAUAGGGACCAACUUAGUUUUACCCCGUGAAGAGACCCCUUUUUCGGCCAUUAUAGGGGCUUUUUCCCCUACCCCUAUAGGGACCGCUCUGAAUUUCCUAAGAUCUUUUUUCAGAUCCUGACUUCCCUAGUUCAAGCUGCAGAAAUCCCCGUUUCUUGCAAGAUCCGGGUUCUGGAUGACGUGAGUUUCGGCUCACCCUCGGAUCAUCACCGUUGUAUCUUGACAGCCCAGUGACACGCUCAACUUGGUGCGAGAGAUCGAAAAGUGCGGAGUGGCUGCUUUAGGGGUUCAUGGACGUCGGAGAGAAGAGAGGAACCCUGAUAAGUGCAGGUUUUUCUUGGCUUGAAUAUUCAUUCCAAGUCACUUUAUUCAAGAAUCGAGGAAAUACGAGAAGUCGCACGCACAGUCACCUCCAUUCCCAUCAUUACCAAGUACGAUUCGUGGCUAUAUUUCUAAUGAUUCUGCGCUUUUAGUGGCGUUUCGGGGGAAAUCGACUGCUACGAAGACAUCGAGAAAUGGCGUGUUCAGACCGGCGCCAGCUCGGUAAUGCUCGCAAGAAAAGCCCUCGCGACGCCGUCGAUUUUCCGAAGAGAAGGCGUCCUCGAAAAGGACAAAGAUAUUGAAGCAUUCCUGGACAAGGUGGUGUUUUUUGACGAAAAAGUCUCUACUGAACACCGCGGAUCUGGUCCAAACUUCUGUGGUAAGUGGUCCCCUAUAGGGGCCACUAACUGAAAUCCCUUAAGCGACCAUUUUUGCAAGCUUUAGUGGCCCCUAGAGGGGGCCCUCCGAGAGCCCUCAAGGCUGCCCCUUUAGGAACCACUCUGGAGUUCCUAAGUUUUCCGAUAUCUACCACAGCAGGUCGGACCAGAGUUCAUCUCACUCCAUCGUGAGCUGCACAAUUAAUCGAGAAGAUUGGUAGGCCUGCAAGUACGACGAGAGCUACACGAUGACCAAAUACGUGGUGCAGAGGAUCCUCGGCGCCGAUCAGGAAUACGAUCCGCGUGGCCGGAAGACGGUCUGUGCCGGCAGUGUCUUGGAGAUCUGCCGCGCUUGGGGAAAGGAGCAAGUCUACGAGGUUACUUUGAACUUCCUUUCACUUUUCCCAAUUUUUAGCAUUGCGCAUUUUAGAAAAUGCCCUUUGAUGUACUGGAUUUAAGAUUGUUUUAAUUUCAUCUCAGGAAUGGCACCGCGACCGUCAAAGAAGAUGUUGUAAACGGAAAGCCCGGGUGACCGAAGAUGGGACCACACUGAUCGAAGUGACCUUCCCCAUGUGAGGAUCUCGGCCGGCCUCAUAACUUAUCUUGACACUCAGGAAAAAAUUGAAAACGGCGCGACAAGCGGUACCGACGCCCAAACAGGUCCUCAACGACUACUGCGGCGAAAAGAGACUUCCCAAGCCCGUCUAUAGUUUGGUCGGUGGCUCAGUAUUUCUCGUUAAUAAGGCUCAUUGGACAGACGAAACGUGAGGACAAGCGUUACGUGGCGACCAUCGAGGUGGAGGAGAGACGAUUUCGCUCAGAGAUUGGACAGGUGAACGUCCGGAUGGCCGAACAGGUAGCCGCUCUGGCUGCACUCAUCGGCCUCGGAAUCCGAGAACGGCUGAAAGGCGAGUGGGAGGAAGAAUGA